AUGGCGCAUGCCGACUCCCGGGACCGGACGGGAUCCGCUCGCCGGGAUUCUGAGGAGCCGCCGGUCACCGUCGGAGGCGCUCUGGGUGCGGCCCCUGUCCCCGCGCGGCCAUUCUCGGCUCACCCGCCGGUGUUCUCUCCCUUCCCCUCACUCUGGCCGGGCGCGUCCGCAGAGCAGACCUACGGCGAGGUGAACCAGCUGGGCGGUGUGUUCGUCAACGGCCGGCCACUGCCCAACGCCAUCCGCCUGCGCAUCGUGGAGCUGGCGCAGCUGGGCAUCCGACCCUGUGACAUCAGCCGGCAGCUUCGCGUGUCCCACGGCUGCGUGAGCAAGAUCCUGGCGCGCUACAACGAGACGGGCUCCAUCCUGCCCGGAGCUAUUGGGGGCAGCAAACCUCGCGUCACCACCCCCAACGUGGUCAAGCAUAUCCGGGACUACAAGCAGGGCGACCCCGGCAUCUUCGCCUGGGAGAUCCGCGACCGGCUGCUGGCCGACGGCGUCUGCGACAAGUACAACGUGCCCUCGGUGAGCUCCAUCAGCCGUAUUCUGCGCAAUAAGAUUGGCAGCCUGGCGCAGCCCGGGCCCUACGAGGGAAGCAAGCAGCCGCCGCCGCAGCCGGCGCUCCCCUACAACCACAUCUACCAGUACCCCUACCCCAGCCCCGUGUCGUCCACGGGCGCCAAGAUGGGCAGCCACCACGGGGUCCCGGGCACAGCCGGCCACGUCAGCAUCCCCCGUUCAUGGCCCUCGGCUCACUCGGUCAGCAACAUCUUGGGCAUCCGGACGUUUAUGGAGCAAACAGGGGCCCUGGCGGGGAGCGAAGGCGCCGCCUACUCCCCGAAGAUGGAAGACUGGGCGGGAGUGAACCGCGCGGCCUUUCCCGCCAGCCCCGCUGUGAACGGGCUCGAGAAACCUGCCUUAGACACGGACAUUAAAUACACGCAGUCGGCCUCCGGCCUUUCCGCGGUGGGCGGCUUCCUUCCGGCUUGCGCCUACCCGGCCUCCAACCAGCACGGCGUGUACAGCUCGCCGGCCGGCGGCUACCUCGCCCCGGGCCCGCCGUGGCCGCCGGCGCAGGGUCCCCCGCUGGCGCCCCCGGGCGCCAGCGUCACCGUGCACGGCGGGGAGCUCGCGGCAGCCGUGACCUUCAAGCAUCCCAACCGAGAAGUGGCCGACCGGAAGCCGCCCAGCCCCGGCGGCAAGGCCCCAGACGGCCUCGGGAGCUUACACGGACUACCCAUCCCGGCCUCGACCUCCUAGGGCCGCGCCUCCGCGAGCCGAGCCCGAGCCCGAGCCCGGAGGCAGCGGCGGAGCGCGCACCCGAGGAUUCGCCGCCGCAGAAGUGCCCAUCAGCCUGGCCUCGCUCUGCCCCGCGCCCGGAGGCCGCGCGUCCUCCAUCC